AUUUCCCGGAGUUGAAUAGUUUGUUUUUGAGCAAUUCAAGACAGGUGAUGGCGGAAUAAAAAACAAAGCCAGCAGUGUCUUAACACAAUAUUAUACAAGUUUCCGCUAGGAUCAUCUGAAUAUAAUAAUCAUAUGAAGAAUCUGUGUUAAGAACUCUUUAUUCUUAACAUAAGGAAUACAUCUGAAGCUCUGUUGCUCAACAGAUAGAUUUUUGAGUGAACAAAAUGAUUUCCAGAAGCAAAGGAGACGCAGAAGGAUGUUGUCAGAUAUGACGCCUUGGGGUAGAUCUGAUAUGACGUCAUAUCACCUAUCCUAGGAUUGAUGGUGAAAUAGAAAAAAAAAGACACUGAAUGGGAUGCAUGAAAUAAGUUUAAAUGACAAAGAACACAAUAAGAAGAGUAUUCUUCAAUGAGUAAAUGAAGUUGUAUACUGUUAAAAGCUGAUGAGAAAUCAAUAAAGAACAAUCUUACAUAAGUGUUCGAAUUUAGUUUUGAUGUCAGAAUGAAUGCGUCCGCAUCACAGACCUCUGUCAUCAACAUCUACUUCUGAUCAUACAGUAAUGAAGUGUGGACAUUACAGAUAGAACCUGAUACAUUCAAUUUUACAGGUUAAAUCUAUAAAAACAUAUGAAUUAUUAGGAUGAAAAAGUAAAAUGUUAAAGUAAACAUCUUGUUAAUAUUGUGUGCAUGCUUUAUAUUUUUUAUAAUUUAGUACAUUAUUUUUUAUUAUUUAAAAACAGAUUUACUAUACAUUUUGAAACCAUAAUAUUCCUAAUAAGAUACACUUAUAAAAUGAGCGAUAGGGAAGGGAAUAGUUCCGUGCAAUGUAUGGAUGUCAAUACUGUCAGCAGGUCUUCAGCCUUAGCGAGCCAGAAAAUGAUCAAGGAAAUAUUUGAUUUGUUACCCCUGAAGUUAAUUUUUUCUAUAUCUAAAUUUAUAUUUACGAGGAAAGCGUGCUUGAAUAGUAUGUCCAGGAAAGGACACUCAAAAGCAGUGACCAUCUCAUUAUUGUUAGAUGCUACUAGCGUCAUUUCUGCGAGGCUUGGCGACAGGCGUGUCUCAUUGCUGAUGUUAGCCGCAAGCAACGGUCACCCGAAGACUGUUGAAGAGCUUUUGAAUGGUGGCGUCGAUAUCGACGCGCAAGAUCUUGAUGGACUGACUGCGCUGAUGUGGGCUAUCGGCGGAAAACAUUUGAAUAUUGUAAUCAGACUGAUCGAUUGUCACGCUAGCGUCUCCAUUAAAGACAAACUAGGACAAUCAGUUCUAAUGAAGGGAGCAUUGGCUGGGGACAAAAAAAUAGUCGAAUUUUUAACUACAAAAAAAUGCAACUAUAAUGAGGUCGAUUAUGAGGGAAACACCCCUUUGAUGUUAGCCACCUUAAACUCUAACACGGAAGUCAUAGAAUACUUUCUCGAGAUCGGGGCUGAUGUCAACAUCAAGAACCCAAGAGGUAUCUCGGCUUUGAUGUUGGCGUCUCAAAAGAAAGGGAAGGCUCCUUUGAAAGCCCUCCUGAAAAAUAUGGAUAAUAUUGACGAUCAAGACGAGGAUGGGAACACGGCAUUGCUGCACGCUGCUGACUGUGGACACAAAGACAAUGUAUCACUACUCUGCAAGAACAAGGCCAACAUUAACCACCGAAACCUUUCUGGGAAAACCGCAUUGAUGCUAGCCGCAAUAAAAGGUCACGUAGAAGUGGUUAAGAGUCUAAUCGACUUGAAGGCUGAACUGUUUGUGAAGGAUGAAAAGCAGAACACUGCCUUGCUCUACGCCGUGGAGAGUGGAUCAUUGGACACAGUGAAAGCUUUAGUGAAGUGUGGCGCUGACGUUAACACCAAACAUGCGCAGUGUCUUACUGUUUUAAUGAGAGCCGCAGAACUGGGUUUUAAUGAUAUCAUCAAGUUUUUAUUACAAAAGAAGGUUUCUAUAAACCAAUACGAUGCAGUUAAUCAAACCCCUUUGAUGAAAGCAGCUUUCAACGGACAUCUAGAAACAGUCAAAUUGCUCUUGAAAGAGGGAGCAGUUCUAGACAUGGCUUGUGUGAAGAAAAACACGGCACUUAUGUGGUCGAUUAAGAAUGAAAUGAAAGACGUAGCCAUUUUUUUAAUUUGUAAAGGCUCAAAUCUUGAACUGGAAAAUACAGACGGAAUGACAGCUGUACUGCUAGCCUCCUUGUGUGACAAUAAGGACAUUCUUCAAAAAAUUGUGACAUUUAACAACUUUGAUAUUAACAAGUGCCAAUCAAAACUAGGAACACCACUCAUGCUUGCAGCUUCCGGCGGGAAAACGAGCAAUAUGACGUUCUUAGUUGGCAGAAAUGCCAAUGUCAAUGACUGCAAUCAUGAAUACGACUCAGCUUUAACUUUGGCAGCAAAGAAUGGAAAGCUGGAAUCCGUUCAAUGGCUCCUCGAAAAAGGAGCCAAUAAGGAUCACCAGAACGCAAAAGGUAACACAGCUCUAAUGUUGGCUCUGAAAAGCGGACACUUAGACACGGCUUCAGCUCUAAUAAGUAGUCAGGCCAAUGUUAACUUACGCAACUGUGACAAUGAGACGGCGAUAGUGAUCGCCGUCAAGGAAAAACUUAACAGCAUAAUUGAAGAAUUAGUGGAGAAUGGCGCUGACCUUGACCUCGCUUACUCCGAUGGUGAGACUUGCUUGAUGAUAGCACUAGGGCUUGGGCACCGGGACAUGGCUGUGGCUCUAAUAAACAGUAGCACUAAUAUAAAUAUUGAUGGUCAAGACGCCAAAGGAAGGACUGCCUUGAUGAGAGUAGUCAGCAAAGGAGAUGCUGAGCUAGUAGAGAUGUUACUAAACUACGGAGCAAACGUUUAUCUGACUGACAACAAGGGAGAAACUGCUCUAGAGAAAGCUGAAAAGUACAGGCAUGAAGAAAUAGUUCAACUGAUAGCUAAAGCUAUUGAGACAUCUGCCGAUAUUUUGCGCUGCGAAGAGUUACAGGAUGAGGAAAGACAAUUGAUUUCUGAAACGUAUAAGGAUGAACUAGAGCUAGAUACUAAAAGGGUAUCAAACACUACACAGCCUAAUGGAGAGGAACAUAGAUCACCUUGUGUAAGCCCUACAGAGAAGCUGAGCUCGAUUAUUAAGUGUUGGGUAAACUUAGCUGCAGUACGGAAAACUAAGUUCAUUAAAAUCAGAUAUAAAAGUUCUCAAAAAUAAGCAAUGAAUCACAUUAUGAAAAAAAAAUUGGGCAUUAGAUGUGCAUGUAGUAUUAUAACUCAAUGUUUAUGAUUUCGAAACGAAUUCUUUUUUUUUUCUCGAUGUUGAUGUGCGUGUGUUUAGAUGCGUGUUAGCCUUUUAAAAAAAAAGCCAUCAAUACAAGAAAUUAUUACAAAGCUUAUAUCAAACAUCUAUGUCUGUCUGUCUGUCUGUCUGUCUUGUACUAAUUUUGAACCCGUUAGUUCUUCCACUUUCCUUUCUUGGGUCCAGCUAAAACUUUGCUCAGAUAUUCAUUGUUCCUAACAAAACAUGGAUCAAUAAAAAAAAAAUUAACCAUUUAUUAAUUAAAUUACCUUACCUUCACCUAUCCCUUAGUCUGUUGGACCGUUGGGGUACCAACAAGACUCGUCGACCGUCUUUCUCCAUUCCUCCCUGUCUUUUGCCUUGUUUAGAACCUCUUUAGUUAAUUAAAUAGUGAUAAUUAAUUCAUUUUAUUUGAUAUUGAUAUUUGAUAUAAAUAUGCAAAUAUAGAGUUUUUUCCCUUGGAUAAGCUUUUUUUAAAAGUGUUUUUUUUUUUUUUUUGGUUUUGUUUUUGCUUGUUUUUAUAUUUGUAACAAUAGUUUAGUUGUUCAAAGCAAAAACAAACAAAAAAUGUGUCUAUACGUGUGAACAGUUAGAGGGAGCAAUUGUUUCAAUUCUGUAGUAGAUCUGUGUGUAUCUCUUGAUAAGGUAACGAAAUCUAUACUCAAAAUAUGUUUCAAUAAUUCACAGGAUCUCUUAAAUCUUUGUAGUUUCGAGUUAUACGAAACUGUAACAAUUCAUUUUAAUGUAUUUUGUUGAUGUUAAAAGUUAUGUUAGAAAAGUGCCUUUAAACCUUACAUCCGCCUACAUGCUUUGUUGUCAUUAAUCACUACCUAAUGGUAGCAAAACUAUGUCACACUUUAUUAUAAAAUACUUUGUUAUGACAUACUUUGUGACAUACUUUAAUAUGACCUACUUUAUUACGACCCACUUUAUUAUGCCCUACUUUAUUAUGACCGACUUUAUUUUGAUAUACUUUAUUAUAACAUUACUUUAUUAUGACCUACUUUGUUAUAGCACACCCUAUUAUUAUAUACUUUAAUAUAACAUACAUUAUGACUGACAUUACGGCAUACUUUUUUAUGCCUUGAUAAAAAAAAAAUAGACGGCGUAAUUCUGAGCAGUGGGACCUUUCUGGUUAAGUGGUAAAGCACUUGUUGAGGGGUUGAGGGCUCAAAUCCUGUUGAAAAUGUUCUGACCAGAGAACUUGCAAGGUGGACUACCUAAGGGCCGGUUCUAGAAUAUAACUAUGGGGUAACUUACCCCUAUAUAUAUAAACCAAAAUAAAUCAGGUAUUAUCAUAAAUGGUAGUAAUAUAAUCUAAUGAAAAAAAAUAUUUAAUGGAUUCUAAGUAAAUUGUGUAAGAAAAAAAUCAAAACAUUCACCUAGUCAUAGUUUUUUACAUGUAUUGACACUGCAUUUUAUGUUAAGAUUACUCAAAAGAGCGAAUUUAAAAUUCAUUUAUUAUUUGUAUUUUUUUAAAAUUAUCAUAUGUUUUGAUUACUAUUGAUUGAAUUGUUUUGUAUUUCGGUUAGUAUCGAUUAUAGUUUUUAUAAAUAUCGAUUCCAUACUUGUGCGUUUUGCCAUUAUAUUUUUUUUAUAUUUUCCUGUUGCUGUUAUGUAUUAGCAAUUAAACUUACAAAAUGAGAUGUCGGCCUGUUAUUUUAUCAAUGGUUUAUAACUCCCGUCCAACACCAGUGAAAAAAAAACCCUGAAAACUCGUUCAAUGUAUUCAUUAAUGUAUUUGCAGCGUAGUACUUGCAUUUACUCUGUAAUACAUUUAUCAUUUUGGCCAUCAAAAGUAAUUAGUGACGAACUCAUAGUUUACAUUAAAUUUAUAGACCUAAGUAUAGAAUUCUAUUACUGCAUGUAUAUAUGAUCUAGGCCUACUUGUUGUUUACAUAUUUGUCUGUGUGUUUUUUUUUACCUUUUAUAUGUUCUUUCUCAUUUAUUAACCCUUUAGACGCGUUUGGUAGCUUAGCCUCUAAACUAGUCUAAACACUAGAAUUGUAAUUCCAUUUUGUAUGCACUCAUUGUAAAAAAGCUCAGCACUUUAAGAGUUAAAGAACUGGGGAAAUAAAACAAUCUUCUUGUU